CGGCGGUUGUUGUGCGGCUCCAGGCCGGAGCUGAGGGCGCGGAGGGCUCAACGUCACACGAUCCGCGCUGCCUCAGGGCCAGGACCGGUGGCGGCGGUUUUCCUGCAGUGAGCUCCUGAAAGUCUCCUGACAGUGAGAUCAAGGUGCCUUUUUCAGCUCAUCUUUCCAGAUGUCAAGCUUUGUCUGACUGUUUGGUUUCUCAUUGUUGAUGAAAAUUUCUCUCUUUUUGAAAUGGCAACAUUAGUUCACACUUUAGCCGAUCACAGCGAUGAUGUCAACUGCUGUGCCUUCUCAUCAUCAUGCUUGGCUACUUGUUCCUUGGACAAAACAAUUCGUGUUUAUUCUUUGAGCAACUUCACUGAGCUCCCGUACUCGCCUUUGGAAGGUCACGCGUACGCCGUGCACUGCUGCUGCUUCUCGCCGUCAGGCCACGUGCUGGCCUCGUGCUCCACGGACGGCACCACGGCGCUGUGGGACAGCCGCGACGGCCGCAGGCUGGCCGUGCUGGAGCAGCCCGGGGCCAGCCCCGUCAGGGUCUGCCGCUUCUCUCCUGAGCCCACCUAUCUGCUGGCAGGGGCAGCGGAUGGCAGCGUGGUUCUUUGGAACGUGCGGUCCUUGAAACUGUACCGAUCUGGGAAAGUUAAAGGUGGUUCUUUGAUGGCUUGUGCAUUUUCUCCCAAUGGAAAUUUCUUUGUCACUGGAUCAUCAAGUGGUGAUUUAACUAUUUGGGAUGAUAAAAUGAGAUGCCUGUAUAAUGAAAAAGCACAUGAUCUUGGCGUUACCUGCUGUGAUAUUUCUUCACAUCCAGUAUCUGAUAGUGAAAAUGGAUUCAAAUACUUCCAGAUGGCUUCCUGUGGACAAGAUAAUCUGAUCAAACUCUGGCUUAUUUUGUCUGCAGAUUUCAUAGGUGUUCAGUUAAAAUAUAAAUGCACACUGAAUGGGCACUCUGCCCCAGUUCUGGCUUGUGCAUUUUCGUGUGAUGGACAGAUGAUAGUCUCAGGGUCUGUGGACAAGUGUGUCAUAAUCUAUGAAACUAGUACUGGCAAUACCCUUCAUACUUUGUCUCAGCAUACGAGAUAUGUUACCACUUGUGCUUUUGCACCACACAGUCCCUUACUUGCCACAGGCUCAAUGGAUAAAACUGUGCACAUAUGGCAGCUUGACCUUAAGAAAAAAUGUGCAGGAGAUACUGUAGAAAAUGAAUCAAAGGUGGCUGUUGAGGACUGGUCAGAGGAUGACGUUUCAGCCUGGCUCUGUGCACAGGAUUUAUCAGACUUUGUUGGGCUUUUCAAAAUGAAUAAUAUUGAUGGCAAGGAACUACUGAAGCUCACUAAGGAAAGUCUUGCUAAUGAAUUAAAAAUUGAGUCUCUGGGCCUGCGCAGUAAAGUUCUCCAGAAAAUUGAAAAACUGAGGAUGACAAUGAUCUCGGUUUCUGUUCCUGAUGAGUUCCUAUGUCCCAUAACAAGAGAGCUUAUGAAUGAUCCUGUUAUUGCCACAGAUGGCUAUUCCUACGAAAGGGAAGCAAUGGAAAACUGGAUCAGCAAUAGACGAUCUAGUCCCAUGACAAAUCUUCCUCUCCACUCUCUUAUGCUCACACCAAACAGGACACUAAAAAUGGCCAUCAGUCGCUGGCUAGAGACUCAGCAAAAAUAGUUAAACCACUUAAUUCUGAAGUUGUUUGUUAAAAUCAAUUGAAAUUUUGUGCAGCUGAAGGAAUUAAUUGCAUCAGUAACAAAUGGAAAGAAAAAGCUGUAUUUCUCUUCUAACCUGUGGCUGGUUCAACUUUCAUUGGUGGAAACUUCCAGAUAAACUAAGUUCCUGGUAGUUCUACUUUGUGAUAUUUCUGUUUAAGAAUCAAGUAUUCAAACUCAGCUUUUCAAAUAAAAUUUUUACUACA